AUGUUGAAUUCGUCGAAAAGGAAGGGUUCCCUGGAGUUGGAUGUUGAUUUAGAAGAAGGGGAAGUACCAAAGGAGGAAGAAGAUGAGGUGGAACCAGUUAGUCCCCUUGGAGUUGAUUUAGAUCCCGAUGAUGAUGAAAGGAUGUGGUUCAAGCAUCCAAAAGCUGUUCGAAAGGCCAUCAGACAGAAGUUAUGGAAUUCUACCCUUAAAGUGCAGCCGCAUAAGGAGGGGUUGUCGGUCCGGUCUCGGGGUUUUUCCUCGGGAACAAAAUUUCCUCUCUAA